AUAUAUAUAUAAUAUGCACUUAUUACCCAAACGAAACAGAACUUGCAGUCGAGAGAGAAAGAGAAAGGGAGAGAGAGAGCUACAGAGAUCUGGAAGGAGAAAAGAGAGGGGGAGUGAUGAUGGAUGCCAUGCAGAAGACUGCUAUCAAAGUUCUAAUGCUUCCAUGGUUGGCUCAUGGCCAUAUAUCUCCAUUCCUAGAGCUAGCCAAGAAGCUUAUUCACAGUAGUCAAAGAAACUUUCAUGUAUAUUUGUGUUCUUCUCCGGUAAAUCUUGAUUCAAUCAGAUUAAAAUUUUCGUGUGAUCCAAAGUUGUCCAAUUCUAUAGAACUAGUAGAGCUUCAUCUUCCAUCAACUCCUGAGCUUCCUCCUCACCACCACACAACCAAAGGCCUCCCACCACAUCUCAUGCCUAAUCUCAUGAAAGCCUUUGAAAUGACAAGGUCUGACUUCACCAAUAUACUUGAAACCCAAAAACCAGAUUUGAUUAUUCAUGAUUUUCUCCCUCCAUGGGUACAUGAUGUAGCUUCUUCAAUGAAUAUUCCAAAUAUUGCCUUCAUUACUAGUGGAGCUUCUAUAAUGAAUUUUUCCUUUCAUUUUACCAACAACAAAAUCGAUGAGUUUCCAUUUCCAGAAAUCUGUCCAGAUUCUUUGAUAAAGAAGUUUAACCAAUUGCGCGAAACUUCUUUGAAAGACGAUGUGGGUGGUAAGCCUCUCCAUUUCUAUGAAACAUCCUGUAAAAUCAUUCUGAUAAAGUCUUUUAGAGAACUUGAAGGGAAAUAUAUUGAUUAUCUCUCUACUUCUUUUGGCAAGAAGGUUGUCCCGGUUGGUCCUCUAGUUCCAGACCCAGUCGACGACAAUGAAGGGAUGGACAUCAUCAAUUGGCUUGACAAGAAAGAAAAAUCAUCAACAAUUUUGGUGUCCUUUGGAAGUGAAUGCUAUUUGUCAAAGCAAGAUAUGAAGGAGAUAGCUCAUGGUCUAGAGCUUAGCAAGGUGAAUUUCAUAUGGGUUAUUAGGUUUCCAGAAGGAGAGGAAGAGAAGCUUGAAGAUGCGCUUCCAGAAGGUUAUUUAGAAAGGGUAAGAGAAAGAGGAAUGGUCGUUGAAAAUUGGGCACCACAAGUUAAGAUUCUUAACCAUGCAAAUACUGGUGGGUUUGUGAGCCAUUGUGGAUGGGGUUCAUUAAUGGAAAGCAUAAAAUUUGGAGUCCCAAUAAUAGCAAUGCCUAUGCAAUUUGAUCAGCCAAUGAAUGCUAGACUAGCAGAGGUUUCUGGGAUUGGUCUGGAGAUUAAGAUGGACAAUGAUAACGGAAGGAUUGAAAGGGAAGCUAUGGCAAAAGUGAUCAAACAAGUUGUGAUUGAAGAAACUGGGGAGGUUAUUAGGAAGAAAGCAAGAGAAAUGAGUGAUUGCAUAAAAAUCAAAGGUGAGGAAGAGAUUGAUGGGGCUGUUCAAGAACUUUUGAAGCUUUCUGAGAUGUAAUUUAAUGGAUUCUGGCGCAUAUUUAUCAAAUAAGGUCUGCAAGCCUACAGAGACAGAUUUUUUUCCUUUUUUUUUUAUGGAUAUAAUUAAUUGUAAGCCCCAAGUGUUUGAUUUUCAGAACUCAAAAUUGAAUGUAAUAAUAUUUCUGUUAGUCAAUUACAGGUUUUUUUUAUUUAUUUUUUUUAAUAUAAUUUUUGCACAAUAGGUGUCAUUAUUAUUGAUAAGAUAAAUCUAUUGGU